AUGGCCCUGGCGUGCCUCAGAGCACCCACGGUGUACCCCGGGGCCCUAAUAGUGAACAUCAAGGUUGAGAUCGAUAAGGGUUUCGAGAUCCUGGAGUGGUUCCACCAGCAGCCAAAUGCAUCGGUGGUGUUCCUAUGCUUCGGGAGCUUAGGGAGCUUUGACGAGGACCAGGUGAAAGAGAUCGCUUGCGCGUUGGAGCGGAGCGGGUGCCCUUCCUAUGGUCCCCACGGUGGCCUCCGGCGAAGAACAAGCCAGGAGCCCCCUGUGAAUACACAAAUCCCACAGAGGUCCUACCCGACGGGUUCUUGGACAGGACGGCUGGGGUCGGGAGAGCGAUCGGUGUGGCUUCAAUAUGCAGAGCAACAGCUCGAUGCAUUCGAGCUAGUGGUGGAGCUCGGCCUCGCGGUGGGUAUCAAGAUGGAUUGUGAGAGAGAUCCAGUCAAAGGGAGCGACGUCGUCGUGAUGGCAAAUGAAAUAGCGGGAGGGAUAAGGAAGUUCAUGCAGGGCAAGGACGCCGACGAGAGGAGGAAGAAGAUGAAAGAGGUGAGUGACAAGAGUAGGAAGGCUUUGAUGAAGGGAGGCUCUUCUUACUUGUCUUUGCCUCACUUCACUGAAGAUCUUUGCCGACACUGA